CCCUCUCUUUUCUCUACUUCUCCCUCCACCCCAUUACACCCCACCCCAACCCUGGUUUGUUCUCCCGGACAAAAAGCACUCUUCUGUGUGAGUGAGUUCGUGUAAGUGCACAAGGACAGAGACCUCAAGCCAGCACUGGCUCACAGGCUGUGGGGCAAGCACAACAAAAUACACGCAUUCACUCACACGCUCACUUACACACAAACUCCAAAGGGAAACCGCAGUGUAAACACACAGAGACAAAAAAAAUUGUCAAGAGUCUUGACAGCACGACGAAACUUCAAAGCGUGGGAGUCGAGAGGAGAGCGAGAAGAGAGAAGAGAAGAGCAAGUGAAGGAGAAGGACCAUGGCAGGAGCUCCGAUCCCAAGCCGGUUUGUGCUGAUCGUCUGUCUGCUGCUGCUCGUCACCAGCACAGAGAGCAAACGCAGACUCAGGAGGAGAGGACUCAGCCAGAAGGACUAUGAGUACCCAAACAACUCCCAGUCCACUCAACACCAGAAGAAUGAUCGGUGCCCACCUCCGCCUCAGAUGCUUCCCGAGCGGGCGUGUGAGGUGCCCGGCUGCCGCUCAGACUCAGAGUGUGAGAGACACAAACGCUGUUGUUACAAUGGCUGCAUCUACACCUGUCUGGAGUCAGUUCAGCCUCCACCUGUGCUGGACUGGUUGGUGCAGCCAAAGCCACGGUGGCUUGGUGGAAAUGGCUGGCUCUUAGAUGGACCAGAAGAGGUUCUCCAGGCCGAGGCAUGCAGCACUACAGAGGACGGGGACGAGCCCUUACACUGUCCUACUGGAUAUGAAUGCCAUAUCAUCAACCCUGGAAACCCCUCUGUGGGCAUCCCCAACCGAGGUCAAUGUAUCAAACAACGGGGAAACUCAGAUGGUCGUAGCCUGAGGCACAAAUACUUCAAAGAUCACAAGGAUUAUUUAGGAAGCAACUCCAAUAUUGCAGUGGGUUAUGAGAAGUAUCACAAGCACUUAGGCUGAAAAGCAGGUGACCUUCAUAGCCGUAUAGAAUCUACGCAACAAAAUGAAACCAGUCAACACUUCUGCAGAAACUGGAUGUCCUUACUUUACAGUUCAAUAAAGCUGUUAUUUGGUGCUUUAUGUUCGAGGUGCUAUAACAUGGAAAAGUCAACAUUUCCUACCUCUUCCAAACACCAUACAGUGUGUUAGAUUGCCAGCUCGAUUCACCAAUGUGAACAACUUUUUCAUAUAUAAACACUGCUGUUUUAAAAAUUGUAUUUAAAAUGUUUAAUGUACACGAAACCUGAGAAUGUAUACGGAAGAUACAUGUACCCUUACACACGUUACCAGGCUCCAGCAAAACCAAAGAACACGUUUGCACACCGACAUCUCAGGCAUAAUUUUAACAUAAACCAUGACAUUUAGAUUCCUCCAUUUGUAAGUACUGCGAAUUAUACACAGUCAUUUAGCUUGGGAAUGUUUGGAGAUCCUCUAGGAGGAGCUGUAAUCUGUGGCUGGGGAACUUCAGACUCAACUUCUCAUCCUGUUCUCAGUUUUAACCUCAGAAGGAAAAGUGGACGGAAGAUUAAUGAAAAAAAUAUGUAAUUUCCUUUCAUUAAGAAAAUGGCAAAAAGAAGAAUAUGGGUUAUUAAUCCUGUAUUCAUAAUGCAUUAUAUAAACACAUUUAUAACAGGUAUAGCAUAAUACUUUUUAAAGCUUCACAUUUUCCUCCAACAAUCUAGUUAUUUAUAAAAGAACGACAUAUUGUAUUUCAUUUCACAGCUAGAUUUAAUGUUGUGGUACGUCUGCGAAAAGUUAUGUUCUUUACUAGUUCUGUUCACCAGAUUUUCUUUGUUCUCUCUACUGAAGUACAUAAUUUUUAAAAAAUUAAUUUUAAUUUUUAUUUUUUUUAAACCACGAAAUGCUACAUUUUCUCUCCUGAAGACUUUCCUGUUGUGGAAAAUGUCAAAUUACAGUUUUACCUCUGACUGUUACGCAGAGAUUCCUUCCAAAACUGUCAAAUAAAUAUUUUCUUACAGAUACCACAUCAGAGCUGCUGAAAAUGAACCUUCAGACCAUUCGAGUUCAGCAGUGCUAUGGUGUAAUCCUUUAUAAAUGCUUCUAAGUAGUCGUAGUUACUUUAAUAAGACCAUGCAAUUCAUGAGCACAUGACCACACAAAAUCAUGUUACAUAACGCAUUAUACCUGUUCAUAAGAACAACGGAGACAGUAAUGUAGUAACACACUGUAAACACAGGAUCUGUAUUAAAGCAUGCGCUACAGAUGCUAUACCAGAUCUGGUGUUAUAGUGCAUUACAAUGUCCUUAUGAACAAAUAUAUAAUACAAGCCCAAAAUGGCAGAACUGUUCGUUUUUGUAUGCAAAACGUAAAAUCAUGAUUAAAAUGUUUGAUGUAAAAUUCAAACUAACAUGUCUGGGUGUACAAAAUUAAAAUAAAGUUUAAAAGAAAAAAUAAUAAAAUAAAUAAAAAGUAAAAUAAAACAAAAAUAAAAAUUUGCCUACAUGGAUUAAAGAUUUAAAGAAAUAAAAGGGAAAAGCUAUCCCCUAUUACAUUACUUCAUCUAUUUAUUUAAUUCUUGCUCAUUUCCUGACCAAUGAUUGUGCUGUUAAGACAAAAAAGCUUAAUAUUUUGCCAUUUUGGGUUUGGCCCUUUUUUGUCAAUGAAUGUGCAUUAUGCAACUGAACAUGAUGUGCAUGUAACUAUAAUUAUCUAUGUACCUUGACAGAGAAUUCUGUAUGCUGGAGAAUGUUAUAAAUGUGUCUAUAAUACAUAACGAAUACAGGACGUGCUACAGAAAUAUGCAGUAUUUUUUUUCAGUGUAUUCCUGUUUAUCGUGAAUAAAAUUUCUUUUUUUCA